AUGUCGAACAAAAUUGUGCCCGCGGUGUACCGGAGCGUGAUCGACGAUGUCAUCGCGAACAUUAAACCCGACUUUGACGAGUACGGCGUUAGCGAGGACGUCCUCGCUGAACUGCAGAGUAAAUGGGAGAAGAAAGUGAUGGAGUCGCGUGUCGCCGACUUCGAUCCGCCAGCUCACCAUCAUCCGGCACCCGCUUACACAGCACCGCCGGCCCCUACACAUCCUUCGCUGCACAAUUACAGCCACUACGCGUUCCCACCUCCGACAGGAAUUCCUGGCGUCAAGUCUGAAACAACGGAAUAUCCGUAUGGUUACGGUCUGCCCCCUCCACGCCCGCCACCCAACUACACCGCAAACAGCGGCAGUAGCGGCGGUCGGAUCCCUCAACUCGAUGGGCCUUCUGGCUCGUAUGUUGACAAGGGGAAAGCCGCACAACGCUUGCGAGGUGGCGCCGGGGAUAUCCCGCAACUUGACGGGAGCUCUUCGGGUUCAUCAGCUUCGCCACCUCCGCCUACGCUUCAUAGCGCGCAUCCUUCUCUGGCGUCCUCUGCACCAGCACCGAGCAACGGCGCUGCGGAUGAUGAGGCGAUCAACAGCGACCUGGACGACAGUGAUACGGAUGGCAACGACGAUGAGGACGAUGGCGGUGUAACUGGCGAUAUAAUGUUCUGUACGUACGACAAGGUGGCGCGUGUAAAGAACAAGUGGAAGUGUGUUCUUAAGGACGGCAUGGUCUCCAUCGACGGCCGCGACUACCUGUUCAGCAAAUGCAACGGGGAGUUCGAGUGGUAG